GAUUAGUAUACAUAUUCAGGAUUUACUUCAUAUCUGUGGCGAUGACGUUCUUCUAUUUCCUCCUGAGAAUUAUACAAAUACCUCAAUUUUGAAUUGAACUCUGGUUUGAAAACCGUAGUUCGCAUUCCUAACCUCAUUGUCGCACCCAUCUGACCAGGAUUGUGUUCUGGCAUGUCAAUGAUUACCGGAUAACUUGUAGGAACUUCACAUUACGUAGUAUGAGCUCCUUCCAUUUUUGCAACAUUUCUUGCGAAUUCAAGGACAGCAGUUUGGAAGCCUAGACAAAUUCCAAGGAAAGGUUUGUUAUUUUCCCUGCACCAUUUACACGCUUCAAUUUUUCCUUCAACUCCUCUCUUACCAAAACCUCCUGGCACCACUGUAUAGAAUAUUUGUGUUUUGUAUGUGCAAUCAAUUGUUUCUGUUUAAUUUUUAUGUCUUCUUUAAAAUUGCGUUACCGGGGCAAAAUUUUUGAGAAAAUGACCACUCAGUUAAUGAUAUAUUUCGGUUUGUCCGCGCAUUUUACCCACAUAUGGUACCAGACCUCUUGUUCCUUGGACAAGACAGAUGAGUGACAGGAAUAUUUCAACCUGCAACGCUACAGGCAAAAGUGCAUGUUCAAUCAAAAGGAUUACCCAGAGCAUCCCUUCAUCUUGAGAAGUUUCAGCAAUCAUAAUCAUUUUUUAAAGCUCUUCCAGGUAGAGGGAAGCUACGCGUUCAGCAUGUGCAAACGUGGAAUUCCCGGGACCUCCAUAGUUCGUGUUUCUGAAAUAAAAUAUGGGAAUGUAACGAAGGUUAUAACACUAAGGAAUUUCUACUCUUUUGGAUAUACAAAAGAGCAGUAUGGUAUACCCUGAAAAAAGUGCACUAAACCAAAUGAACAAAAAUAAAAUUUGUCCAUCUCCUUCUUGGUGUGAUGAACCAUUGGAGAACCAUAGCAACAAUAUAAAUAUAGCACACUACGAGAAAAAAAUUAAUGGAAAUUAUAUUUCUAGUGAAGAUAUAGCUGCAGUUAAUAAUUUGGAGGAUGAUUAUCCCAACCGCGUGUUCAUCCAAGACAGAAUAAGACAUUUGGUCGAAGCUUUCUCUAGUAGAACCAGAGCAGUAAAGGAAAGGAUAGAGACUCCUGGCACUCCCUCCUCUUUGAGUAGUGCAGAAUUCUCCAAUGAAACAUCAUUCGCUAUAGGAUCUCCUUCUCACGUACAAACUCCUCAAAGGAAGUGCAUUAACAGCAAUGAGGCAUCUGAAGAAAAAAUUAUGAGUAAUAGUUUACGCAAUAAUUUGAGGAAUUAUUUUGUGACCUGUACAGUGGACCCGAAUGGUAAACUGUACCUUGGAUGGAUGUUUUUCGUUACUGUAACAUUUUUGUACAACGCAUGGGUUAUACCUCUAAGAAGUACCUUUCCUUAUCAAACUCCAGAAAACAGAAUAAUUUGGAUGGUUUUUGACUAUUUGACUGACUUCGUGUAUCUGAUAGAUAUGAUUGUGAUACAGCCCAAAGUCAAGUAUUUAGAAGAUGGAUUUUGGGUGAUAGAUGUAUCGUUGCUUAGGAAUAAUUAUUUGAAGAGGAGACAGUUUAAGCUUGACUUGGUAUCGCUGCUUCCUCUAGAUGUCUUUUAUUUCAUCUUUGGACCAGACUUUGUCGUAUUACGCUUGCCCAGAUUAUUGAAAGUCCAUUCUUUUUGGAAAUUAGUGAGCUUCAUCGAUAAACUAGUGAAGAAUCCAUAUGUUGUUCGAAUUUCCAAGACGCUGAUGUACAUGAUGUACUUGAUACAUCUGAACGCAUGCGCAUAUUAUGCCUUCUCAACUUGGGAGGGCAUUGGUAACAACAGUUUCGUCUUCAAUGGUAAAGGCAACGCCUACAUCAAAUGCUUUUAUUUUGCCACCAAAACUGCCACAUCGAUAGGAAAAAAUCCAAAACCAACUCACGAGAUUGAAUAUAUGUUUAUGACUGUUUCAUGGUUGAUGGGAGUGUUCGUAUUCGCAGUAUUAAUAGGUCAAAUAAGAGAUAUUAUUUCUACUGCUAACAGAAAUAGAACUGAAUAUAAUAAGUUGGUAAAUGAAACGUUAGAAUAUAUGAGACGAUUGAACUUGCCAAUUGAGAUGCAAAGAAGAGCUCAGCAAUGGUUCACAUACACUUGGAAAACACAGAGGACUUUAGAUGAGAGCACAAUAAUGGACUGCCUACCUCACAAAAUGAAGACUGAUAUUGCCAUCAACGUUCACAUUCAAACCCUGAGCAAGGUCAAACUAUUUGCAGACUGCGAUGAAGCUCUUUUGAGGGAAUUGGUGCUCCAACUCAAAUCCGUGAUUUACCUUCCAGGUGAUAUAAUAUGUAGGAAAGGAGACGUUGGAAAAGAAAUGUAUAUAAUUCAAUCUGGAAAAGUUCAAGUUAUAGGCACGAAUUCUGAAGUAUUGGCAACACUGUCUGAAGGUUCUGUUUUUGGAGAGAUUAGCCUGUUGGGGAUUCCUGGAAAAAACAGAAGGACUGCAGAUGUCAGAUCUCAGGGUCAUUCAAACCUCUUCGUCUUGAGCAAAGCAGAUCUCAACGCAGCCUUAUCACAAUAUCCAGAAGCCCAAGAACUCUUGAACAAAAAAGCAAAACUCCUGAUGAAGAAAAACGCGGCACUAGAAAGGAAACAAAAUGCGAUGAUUGUCAUAGACAACCCCAUACCGCCUUUGAAACAAGCAAAGCUGGUUGAUACGGUCCUGCAGGUUCUACCCUUCGAUUCGAACACCAACAGAUUGCUUAGAUUUGGUAGCAGGGCCUACUCAAAGUCUAAACCUGAAAAUGAUAAGUUCAAGUUUAGGAAUAGUAUGCCUCACAUUGAAAGUCUUGCAAGUUUGGGCGAUGUGGAUAGAGCAGUAGAAGCCAAAGUUACUGUUCAUAGGACCUCGAGUUAGAUCACACCAAAAGGUCUCUGAUAAAAGUCAGAAAAGCUGUGAGAGUAGUGUGAUUUGCAAGAAAAUCGAAAAAUUGUCUAUAUAGAUGUUCUCCAGACAAGUGUGGAGAAGAAAUUACAUAUCGUCGGCUAAGAGUGUAAAUCUGCUAAGUCCAUUUUGAACAAUAUCA